AUGGGGGUUUUCGUCGUUCUAUUAUCCAUCGCGACUCUGUUCGGGAGCACAUCGGGCACUGCGCUGGGCCCCCGUGGAAAUCACAGCGACUGCAACUCAGUCGACCACGGGUAUCAAUGCUUCCCUGAGCUCUCCCAUAAAUGGGGUCUCUACGCGCCCUAUUUCUCUCUCCAGGAUGAAUCUCCGUUUCCUCUGGACGUCCCGGAUGACUGCCAAAUCACCUUCGUGCAGGCGCUGGCCCGACAUGGAGCGCGGUCUCCAACCGAUAGCAAGACAAAGGCGUAUGCCGCGACUAUUGCCGCCAUCCAGAAGAAUGCCACCACGUUCCCGGGCAAAUACGCCUUCCUGAAGUCGUACAAUUACUCCAUGGGCUCCGAGGACCUGACGCCCUUCGGGCGGAACCAACUGCAAGACAUGGGCGCCCAGUUCUACCGUCGCUACGACACCCUCACCCGGCACAUCAACCCCUUCAUCCGGGCCGCGGAUUCCUCCCGCGUCCACGAAUCAGCCGAGAAGUUCGUCGAGGGCUUCCAAAACGCCCGACAAGGUGAUCCUCGCGCCAACCCACACCAGCCGUCGCCGCGCGUGGACGUAGUCAUUCCCGAAGGCACCGCCUACAACAACACGCUCGAGCACAGCAUCUGCACCGCCUUCGAGGACAGCACCGUCGGCGACGCCGCGGCAGAUAACUUCACCGCCGUGUUCGCGCCGGCGAUCGCCAAGCGUCUGGAGGCCGAUCUGCCCGGCGUGCAGCUGUCCGCCGACGACGUGAUCAAUCUGAUGGCCAUGUGUCCCUUCGAGACGGUCAGCCUGACCGACGACGCGCACACGCUGUCGCCGUUCUGCGACCUCUUCACCGCCGCCGAGUGGACGCAGUACAACUACCUGCUCUCGCUGGACAAGUACUACGGCUACGGCGGCGGCAAUCCGCUGGGCCCCGUGCAGGGGGUUGGCUGGGCGAACGAGCUGAUCGCGCGGCUGACGCACUCCCCCGUCCACGACCACACCUGCGUCAACAACACCCUCGACGCCAACCCGGCCACUUUCCCGCUAAACGCCACCCUCUACGCGGACUUUUCGCACGACAGCAACCUGGUGUCGAUCUUCUGGGCGCUGGGCCUGUACAACGGCACCAAGGCGCUGUCGCAGACCACUGUGGAGGAUACCACUCAGACGGACGGGUACGCGGCCGCCUGGACGGUGCCGUUUGCCGCCCGCGCCUACAUCGAGAUGAUGCAGUGUCGCGCGGAGAAGCAGCCGCUGGUGCGCGUGCUGGUCAACGACCGUGUCAUGCCGCUGCACGGCUGCGCGGUGGAUAAUCUGGGCAGGUGUAAGCGGGACGACUUUGUGGAAGGACUGAGCUUUGCGCGGGCAGGAGGGAACUGGGCUGAGUGUUUCUGA